AUGACCGCCGAUGUGUUGAAGGAAAAUUACGAAAACAUUACAAAGUUCAACUAUAUCGUAGGUCAGUUAGAGGGAAACGCCCUGGAUGCAGUUGCAGGGAUUCACGCUUCGGGAGAUAACUUAACUACGUUGAUAGAAGUCCUGGAAGAACGUUUCGGUCAGACAAGGAAGAUAAUCCGUGCUCACGUCACGAAUUUAUUGGACAUUCCUAACCCUUCAUACAACCACGCAUCACUCAGAGGAUUUUAUAACAAAGUUAUGGGUGAUAUGCGUUCAUUAGAGACACUAAAAGUGGACACACACGAGUGUUCAUCCGUUCUCGUACCCAUACUCGAACGGAAGCUACCCAAAAUUCUCAGAGAGAAGAUGGGAACAAGCGAUCAAGGGGAUCGGUUCGAUCUGAGCAAAUUCAUGAAAUCGUUUAACACACACUAG